CCGGGAUGGAAAAGGCUUCAACCGAGCCCGAGCUCGGUGCCAGCAUGGAAAUAACAGCGCUGUGUGUGCCCUCCCCUGCCUUCCUUCUGCUCUCGGCCACGAACCUUUCGUAGCUGUCGUUAGCACCUUCUGAAAGGAAUCCCAGGCCCGUUUCUUCCCAGAACAACACAAUGCUCUGACGAGCUUUUGUCCAGGCAGCUGGACUGGGGUGGGCCUUGUGGGUCCCUUCCAGCCCGGGAUUUUCUGUGACAGUCUGUGAAUACAGAGCUCUGCAGCCUUCCCGAGCCCCCAAACGUGCUUUGAGCCAGCUGCAAAGUGAGUGUACAAGCUGUUCUGUCAUACCGACAUUGCUCGUGCUAUCCCAAACAUGCAAGUGCAAGAGAAGAGGAAAAACAAGCUCUUAAAUGCAGUCCACAACAUGCUGAACUCUCCCAUGCUUCCGUGGUACCGAAACGUUUCAAUGGACCUUGCGAGUACUGUCAUAGUGCAGUAACCUUUGUCUUUCCAAACUAUAGGUCCUAACUCCUCAUAGCUGCCCAGAGAGCAUUUUUGCCUUUUCUAACCUGAGAUGCAGAAAGCUCACCCCUGUCUGGAUGUAUUUGGACCACUGAAGCUUGCUGAAGGCACAAAAAGUAGAGAAGAGGUCCAAAUUAAAACUACUUUUCUCAGGGAACUUGGAAUGGGCCUGAAAGUGAUGAUCUUUGGCAGUUAAACAAAGGCAGAAGGUGGGAAUGAGUACCUCUGAAAAUUAAUGAGUUAGUACAAAUGAAAGUACUAAUACUCCAGAUGACAACUGGGACUUCUGACAUCUCUUCCCACCACAGAACUGGCUGAUUUAAGCUUCUGCUCCUCUGAUUCCUGAUGAUUUCCAGGCCCAUUCCAAGCUCUCUGAAAAAAAAACCAAUUAGUUUUAGUUUGGACCUCUCCUCUCAUGGGUGGAGGAGGAUUCACCCUGGUGCUUGAGGGCAUUGCAGUCCAGAUGGAGUGGGUGCUGCCUCUGGACAAAAGCUAAUCCAUCCCCCAUCAAGAGUGAAGCUCAGAGGGCAGCUUUGGAAGUGUGAAAAGAGUGGCUCAACAGAGAACCUGCACUUUUCACCAUCAAAAGCAGCCUGCCCUCCAGAGGAGUUGCUGUGGCUUGUUUUGGAGCACAUCUGACUGCUACUGCCAACGGGGGCCCCAGCCAGCCACAAUGUACUGCCUUCAGUGGUUGCUACCUGUCCUGCUCAUACCCAAGCCCCUCAACCCAGCAUUGUGGUUCAGUCACUCAAUGUUCAUGGGAUUCUACCUGCUCAGUUUUCUCCUGGAACGGAAACCUUGCACAAUUUGUGCCUUGGUCUUCCUGGCAGCUCUAUUCCUCAUCUGCUACAGCUGCUGGGGGAACUGCUUCUUGUAUCACUGCACAGGAUCCCAGUUGCCAGAAUCAGCUCAUGAUCCCAACAUAGUGGGCACCUAGAAAAUCAUAAUCUUCCAGUCUGCUGAGGGCUCUUCUUUUGCUUUUAAAAAGGGGGUGGGGCUGGGGAGGAGGGGGGUGUUGGGUAUGGGACUGGAGUAAGGACAACCUGUUUCCUGUAACUGUGCGUGGACUGGAGUGGCAAAUUCUUCCCACUCUGCCUGUGAAAUUCGACUCGUUUACUGUGUGAACUCUGGCAGCACCACCUGCUUUUUUAGAAGCAGAAGUCUUUUUUUUUCCUUUCCCGUAUCACCGGGAACAGACACCAGCCCUCUCAACUGAGAACUGCUGGGAGCCUGGGCUGCUGGCCCCUGCCCAGCUGGGAGUGCUGGAGUUGUGUCCAUUGUCUGCAUUAGGCCACGGUGGCCUAACUUGGGGCUCUUGGCCCACUGAUCCUGCUUGAAUAGUUACAAGACUCUCUCAGUCUCUCUUUGUGGGGAGCCAGCCUUCCCACCUUGCUGAUCAAGGGCGAAUGCAACAGCUCACAGAUGGACUUGGCCAAAAGCUGCUGAAGCCAGAGGCAGUUGAGUCAUCUCCUCCUGCUCAGCCUGCCAAAGAGAUGUGUGUACUGCUGAAGUGCUUUCUGAACUGUGCUCCGAGAUCCCAGCCUGAAAGCCUCAGUUAUGCUACUGCUUUUAUAAAGCUUGAUGGGCAGUAGAGUCUGUCUCUUCCCCUCCUCCUUCAUGUCCUGGGUUUUCCAAGGUAUUGACUGUUGGGAGAAAGAACCAGCAUGCUGCAAGACACAGGGUGUUGGAAGCCACUGAGCUUUACCCCACAAAACUCAUGCUAGCCCAAAAGGCUGGGUGUGGGCAGGACAGGAGGGGAUUCAUGAGGUGGAGGCAUGGCUUGAAGCAGUAAAUGCUUCUGCCAUUUUCAGAGAUAAUGGUUUUGAGCCAGAGGUGACAGAAGGUGCUGGUGCUACUGACUAGAAAAGGGCAGAAGCUGGAAAAAUGCCAGGAGUCUCCACCUUCCGUGGCAGAAGGAUGUCAAGAAUCCAAGGUGAUGGUGGGUCAGGCCUGCAGCCUGGGGCAGAGGUUGGUUUGUGAGAAGACUUAGAGGUUGACACAAAACACUUACCUCUAAACUUUGAAGGUUUCCCUCCCCUUUGCCAUCUGUUUGUCUUUCCUUCAGUCUUCUGGUGGAGAGCAGCAGAAGUGGCUGUUGCUGUCCUGAGGCAGUUCAAGCUAUGAGGUUGUGAAACUUCCAGAGUAUUGUUUGUUCAUUGCACAGCUGUUCAAAAUGUUUAAUAAAGCUUUAUAAACUUUGGUCUAUG